UGUGAGGUCACAGUUUCUAUCGCGUGACUUUGGCCCGAAAGGUGAGAUUUCUGCUUCACACAUAAAAGACCUCUUCGAACUGCAGAAAGGCUUUUCUGUAAAGCCUGUUCUGUUUUUAAACAGGAAGCACGUUUAUCCGAGUAACAUAGAAAAGAUGAACGUGGCAAGAGCUGUCCAGCUCAUGUCUCCAAGUAUAACCGAUGCCUUGGAACAUCUCAAGGAUCAGGCUGGACACGCUUGUGCGCUGUCAUUUUCAGCCGCAGGCCCAACAAUUACGUUCAUGAAGAAUGUUUAUCGGUGGUUUGUGCUUCACGAUGUCAGCAACACGACACAGCACAUACGCCACAAUUUUUCGGAUGGCAGUCAAUUUGACGACAGUGCUGAUCCACGGCUUGAAUGGCUUGAGGUCACUUUUCCUGUGUACUUGGAGACAUUAAAGAAAAGAUCUGGACAUGCCUGUGAAUUCCUUGCAGCCGAAACGUAUGAAGCAAUUCUGUUAACCACCUAUUCAACAGUGGUGUGCGUCAGAUAUCUGUUGACAGAAGAGAAGUUUUCUUUUGUGCUCACUCGAAAAUUCAACAGCGAUCCAAAUGAAUCGCUCUUUGGAUGUUUGCAAAUGUCAUCUGGGUGCAACGACAUGUUGGAUGUUCGAGCUGCACUGUCAGGUCUCGAAAAGCUACUCAAGACCAGGAUUGCUGUGUCCAAUGCAGCCUCCAAUAUUGCCCACAAAGAACGUAUGUCGGGACACAUACUGCAUGAUACACUUUCCUCUGCACAACCAGCUUCUGCUUCAGCUCCAAUGCCUCCCCUGACGUCGACUGUGCAAGCAGUGCCCCAGCUCUCGAGAGCAAGAUUGCCGUUGCAGAGACUUAAUACCACAAUUUUGCCACAGCAGCUGUCAUCGCUACAGAUUUCGGCUACCGCCUAUGUGGGGGGCUACAUUGUAAGGGCUGUAGGUGAGCAUAUUGACUGCGAGAACUGCGUUACUUUGUGUACGAAGCCAGUGAGCAACCAGCUCACUUUCAGCUCACUCGAAGCCAAGAUCGAGGUGGGCUGCUCUACCCGUCGGACCAACUUCUCUUUGUCCUGGACUGUUUAAGAGAUUUUGCUGACCGUACCCUGCAGGAGCACCAGACCUUGCACAAGCCACUAACUACCUUAGUGGAGUAUGCUGUCCCAGCUCUUUGUGCUUCAAUGUUGCUAAAGUGUAAGAGCAAUGAUAGC